AUGCCCAGACCCAAUUUGAACCCGAACCGAUGCUCAGACCAAUUCGAAACCGAGCCGAUGCGCCAGGACCCAAUUCGAAAACCCGAACCGAUGCCCAGACCCCAUUCGCACCCAGAAACGAUCCCAACCCAGAUUUCGAACCGCGAGCCGAAUGGCCCAGACCCACUCGAACCCGAGCCGAUGCCCAGACCCAAUUCGAAACCCUACCCGAUGCCCAAACUCAAUUCGAACGCCAAACCGAUGCCCAGAUCCAAUUCGAACCCGAAACCGAUGCCCAGAUCCAAUACGAACCCGAACCGAUGCCCAUACCCAAUCGAACUCGAAGCCGAUACCAGAAACCCAAUUCGAACCCGAACCUAUGCCAGACCCAAUUCGAACCCGAACCGAGCCCAGACCCAAUUCGAAACCCGAACCGAUGCCCCAUACCCAAUUCGAAACCGAACGCGAUGCUCAGACCGCAAUUCGACUCGGACCGAUUCCCCGAACCCAUUUGGAAAACCCGAACCGAUGCUCAGACGCAUAUUCGACCCCGAGCCGAUGCCCAGACCCAAUUCGAACCCGAACCGAUGCCCGACCCAAUUUCGAACCCAACCCGAUGCCCAGACCCAAUGCGAACCCGAACCGAUGCCCAACGAACCAAUUCGAACCCGAAAACCUGAUGCCCAGACCAAUUCGAAACCUUAA